UCUGGCUGGGCCUGCUCUCACUGCCACCUGGCUUAUGCGCUCGCGAGUUAGCAGCGCUGCGCUUGCUUCAGGCUUCGUAUAAUCGAUGCUGGGGCUAGCCCGAACGUGGCUAGACAGCGUAGCGCUGCGUUUGGCGUUUGACCUCGGCGCCGCUGCCGCGCUGCUCGGCGCCCGGCCGAGUAAAUGGGCUCUAGCUCGGCCAAAUCGCUCGCAUUGCUCUAAAAAAUUCACCAGUAAUAGCAGACAACCGUAUGGCAGCCCUCACCGAGCCGUGGUCCAAGCGCCACAAGGCUGUCACAAGAAAUGAUCGAGAGGGACUACAGUACAACCUCUCGAACUCGUUCGCGCAGCCGACGAGCCAGGCCGAGCUCGAGCGGCUCGCGCGCGAGCGCGGCGACGACGAAUUAAUCGCCGCGUACCGCGACCACCCUUUAGGUUAUACGCCGAACGGCGGAUCGCGGGACUGCCGCGCGGCCGUCGCGGACUCCAUCUUCAGUGCGUGCCAAGCGGACGACGUAUUGAUCACUGCGGGCGGCCAGGUCGCUUUACAAACAGUGGCGUUUGCUUUACUGGAAGCGACCAGUUCGUUUGUACGCGGUUACGAAACGCCCAGGUCGCACGCCGUCGUGUUCACCCCCUCCUACCAGUCGUGCCAGGAGGCGCCAUUACACGCCGGUGCCGCCGUCAGGAAGGUGCGGUUGACGCGCGCGAACGGCUGGGACAUCGAUCUUACUGAUCUGGAGAUCGCGUGCCGCGCCGACACGAAGCUUAUCCUUAUCAACCAGCCCUGGAACCCCGCGGGCACGCUUGUGUCGCGCGAGAAGCUCGAGGGCAUCGUUGAGAUCGCGCGGCGACACAAUGCGUGGAUCCUGGCUGACGAGAUCUACCGCUUCCUCGAGCACGACGCUGCGACUCGCCUGCCCGCCAUCGCCGAUAUAUAUGAGAGGGGAGUGUCCAUAGGAGCUUUAUCAAAGCCCUUCGGCGCCGGCGGCGCUUCGCUCGGUUGGAUUGCCUGUCGCGACGCCGAGGCGCGCCAGGCUUUCAAGGACGCAAUGUAUUUCGGGACGGCGUGCCCAGCGCGCGCGAGCGAGCUCCAGGCUCUGAUGGUCCUGCGGGCGCGCGAUGUUUUACUAGAAAGGAAUUUGGGCAUCAUACGGCGGAACCUAGAAAUCGUCGAGCGCUUCCUCGGCGAGAAUAGUGACCUGUUCUCGUACGUCAAACCGACGGCGGGGUGUGUCCUGUGGGUCGAAUUCAAGGGCCCGCUCACCUCGACGGAGCUCGGCGCCGCGCUCGCCGAAGCGGGCAUCUCCAUGAAGCCCUCCUACUGCUUCACGCCCGAUCCGGACGACGGCGUCGACCAGUACUUUCGCAUAGGGUUCGGCGAGGAGAAGGUGCCCGCCGCAAUUGAAGCUCUGGCGCGAUUCGUGGAGGCGAAGAGAAAUGAGUGGGGCUUUCCACGACGUGCGUAGUGUGUAUAAAACUAAUG